UGGGGCUCGAGAAUGCCCCCUUGAUCAAAGUGGGGAAUGAAAGAAAAAGUUUGAGAACCACUGGAGUAGUCCAACACAACAGGCAGGCAAAUAGUCCAAGUCAGUUACAGUUGAAGGCUAAGAGGUUUUGGAGGGCUUUAUUCUUGGUUAAAGCAACACAGAUGUAACCUACUGAACAGACAAUGUCACAAGAACAUGUCAGCCAGAGGGGGCUGCGAGUGGUGGUUUUGGGUUUUCAUGAAUCAGGGAAGACAUCUUUGAUAAACACCUUACUCAAUGAGACAGGGUCAGAUUCUUGCAGAAAAUUGAUCUGUAUUGAUACCCCAGGCUGGUGGAGGAAGUAUCCUUUGAGUGACACAGCAGACUUCAUCAAACAAAAGAUUAUUCUGAGUGUGAAUGAAUGUCUACCAGGACCUCACGCUUUCCUUCUGAUCAUCGACAUUAAUAAUGUUCCAUUCACUGAGAAGAUCAGGAAGUCUGUAGAGGAGCACUUAGGGCUCUUUGGGGAGAGAGUUUGGGAGCACACCAUAGUGGUGUUCACCUGUGGAGAAUAUCUCAAGGGUACAACCAUAGAGCAGCACAUUGAGAGUGAGGGAGAGGCUCUGAAGUGGGUGGUAGAGAAAUGUGGGAACAGGUGUCACAUGUUUAACAUUGAGAGUACAGGAAGUUGUAAUGAAGUUAAUGAGAAUAAGAACAAGCUACUGGAACAAAUUGAUGGCCUGGUGGCAAAGUAUGGUAACAGCAGUUUUGAACUUGAGAAAAUAUUGAGGGAAGUUGAAGAGAAGAGGAUCAAUCAUCAGGAGAGAGCAAAGAUGAGACAGCAGAAGGUUAUGGACAAAAGAGAAAUGUUACGUAAAUACGGGGUUAUACCAUCACUAUCAGAACUUAGGAUUCUUCUAUUGGGGUGGUUGAUCUCGGGAAAAACCUCUGCAAAGGAUACAAUUCUGGGCCAAGUGGAUCGUGUAAACAAAAAAAGAACUAAUAAGUCUGAGAGAAACUCUAAAAAAGUUGCUGGAAGACAAGUCUCUGUUGUGGAUACCCCUGGUUGGUGGAAGUACUUACCUGCCAAAUGCACUCCAGAAUGGGUGACGACUGAGUUACAGAGAGGGCUGACGCUUGAUUCCAAAGCCCCCCAUGCCAUUCUUCUGGCUGUUCCAGCAGACACAACCUUCCAUGAAGAACAAAGGAAGAAUAUUGAAGACAACAUGAAGAUGUUUGGUGAGCAGGUCUGGAAGCACACCAUGGUGUUGUUCACAUGUGGAGAUCGGCUUGAGGACACAAGCAUUGAGGAGCACAUUGAGAGUGAAGGACAGCCAUUACAGUGGCUUGUGGAGAAAUGUGGAAACAGAUAUCACGUCCUGAGUUGGAAUGACAAAGAAGAGGAAGUCAUGGAGCUGCUGAACAAGAUUGAGGAAAUGGUGGCCAGUAACAGUUUAUUUUGGCCAGAACCUGAAUCACAAACAUGUAUUGAUAAAAAGACCACUGAAGAUCUGAUAGAAGUGCCAAAUGAGAUGGUGCAGUUCUUAGACCAGAAAUGGCAGAAGAUGGAUAGAGAAUUAGAGAAGAUUGUGACCAUCUGCAGUGAAACAACUUCAAAGCUGAAAGGAAGUAUGGAUAAUCCAUACACAAAUUUUGGAGACACUCACCCAUCGUCUCAGGAUGAGGAAAUCAACUCGGGAAAGGGCAUCAGUCCACCUGAUUCUAAAUCCCCCAUUAAGAAAUCUGUCUUUGAUGCUGCCACAGGGCUUGAUGACCAAGAACUGGUCGGCGAGAAGUCUGCUGGUCAGAUGGAAAGAAUGAAAGAGAUGUUGGAGAGAAUGAAAGAGAUGUUGGAGAGGGAGUGGGGGAGACGGGAGUUGGCCGUCACACAGAGAUUUCAGCGUCAGUUGACAGAGCUAAGAGAAUCUGGAUCCGAAGCUGAUGUUCAUGACCUUAACCUAUCAUAUAGAAAGGUCGUCUGGUGGAUUCAUCAUGGAACAUCAGGAUAUGCUUCAAAUGAGCAAGAAGUUUUUGCAUUGCCCUUAAACAGACAUGUGCAUGUCAGGUAAAUGAAAGAGUAAAUCAGACAGAGACAUCAUCAACAAAGAAAAGGAAGAGAUUAUUACAGUAGAUGGUUUAUAAAUAAAGGAUCAUGUUCAUAUGCGUAUUUAAAUAGCCAUGUAUCUGAGGCCUGGGGACAGUGAAAGUGAAUCGCUUCAUUUGGCCACUUACAGUCUGUACUCAAACAAAAAUGUAGACUUGUUACCAUCCAAAAAUUGACUAGGUUACUUCCACUUUAAAGGACAACCAGCACCAUCAUUCAUUGCUAAAGCUUAUCAUAUAGAUGGAGACAUCAUAGUCUAUUUGAAUGUAUCUUGUGUUUUAUGUAUACUGUAUAUGUAUAUUCUGUAUUCUGAUGUAUGAAAUAAUACAUGAGCUGAUCAUCAUUUGCCAAUUCAUAAUACAUUGUAUAGUGAUGGCGUGCAAUCAGUCCAUACUGACCCUGUUGUCAAUAUUGCUGUAUACAUUGCUCUUGUUUGUUUUCCCCUUAUGAAUUAAACACCAAUCAGUGACUACAUGAA